AGCACCGCGAAAGGUGUAGACUAUUGCUCCUAGUCAACAAGAAGAGCAGGACAAACCCCAUUGGCAAAGAUCGAGGGAGCACUUUUGUCAGCGCAAUCAAUUGGGCGAAGCGAUGAAUCGGUUCUGGACUCUUUACGGCCGAAAGCACAGGAUUCAAUUUCGACUCCAGUUGUCUGUGGUGGUGGAGUCUCCACUCAGCGUGGUGGAGCAGCCUGGCCGGAGGGGAGACUCGGUGGGUUCUGGCUUCCUGGCAUCUUGGUCAAUCAAAGGGCGAUCUGACUCCGAUGAUCAUCUGUAUCGGGGAAGAGAAGAGCUGAAAUGCUCCAUCCCAGUUCCCUCUUUGGCUGCUAGGCUGCCAUUCAUAUGCGCAUAUUUGUCUGCCCAUACCGGAUUUGACCGGCCAGUAGUCGAAUCGUUCGUGCAGGUGCAGAGCGAUGGUGGUGAGUGCGCGACUUGUGGAAGAUUCCAUCUCUUGAUACUCAUAAUUGUCAGAUUCUCUCCAAGUUUGUGUCACGAGAAAAGGAGGCUGAUGCCUCGGUUGCAUUAUUACUUUGUACUACUCCGUAAGUAUAAAGGCAAUCAAUCGAAAGCCGAUGGUCGUCAAGCUUGACUAAAUCGGUACCGUCAUAACUAAUUAACUAAUCUCCAUGGUCCGAACCCGCGGAACCCCGCCCUGAGCCGAUUGAGGCAAGCGUGGCGGGAUGGCGCCGAAUUCCCGUCGGAGUUUGAACUGACUCGUUCCAAUCUCUCUCUCUCUCUCUCUCUCACGCACACUCUCUCCCGCUCCUACCCGUCCAGAACCCUUGGUUCUUGGGUUCUUUCUUUGGACGGUGGAGCUCAAUUUUAAAUGGCACGAGCCAUCCCAUCUGCAAACCGCUAGUCGUGCGUGGUUUCACCUCCUACUCUGUUUGCAUAAUCAGCAUAAUCAAUUAGCUGCUUCUGCUCCUGCCUUU